AUGGAUUCAAAUGUAGCUGAUUGUGAUGAUUCAUACUUUUCAUUAGUUACAACAGAGCCAUCAACAUCAUCAGACAUAUGGUUGAUGGACUCGACUUGUAGCUAUCAUAUGUGUCCCAACAGGGACUGGUUCGUGGAUUUUCAAGAAGGAGAAUAUGGAGUCAUCCAAACAGCAGAUAAUAACCCUCUUACCUCAUAUGGAAUUGGUUCAAUACGAUUAAGGAACCAUGAUGGAAUGAUCAGAACACUAACAGAUGUUCGAUAUGUACCGGGUUUGAAGAAAAAUCUCAUCUCUGUGGGAGCCCUAGAAUCAAAAGGGUUCAAAAUCAUUGCAGAGAAUGGAGUGAUGAGAGUAUGCUCCGGUGCACUAGUGGUAAUGAAGGCCAAUUGGAAGAACAAUAACAUGUACCGUUAUCGCGGUAGUACAGUUAUUGGGACAACGAUAGUGACAUCCAGUGACGAAAAAGAGGCAGAAUCAACCAGGCUAUGGCACAUGCGUUUGGGACAUGCUGGAGGAAAAUCCUUGAAAACUCUAUCAGAUCAAGGAUUGUUAAAAGGAGUAAAAACUUGCAACUUGGAGUUUUGCGAGCAUUGUGUCAAAGGGAAACAGACAAGGGUUAAAUUUGGUACAGCGAUCUAUAAUACUAAAGGCAUUUUGGAUUAUGUACACUAUGAUGUUUGA